AUGUAUAAUAUGUUUGGUCAACAAGCAGCACAAACUACGCCUCAGUCAACUGUGAAUCCUAUGAACGAUUUUGAAGUUGUAUCACCACCGGAUGAUUCGAUAUCAAGUUUGGCGUUCAGUCCAGCAUACGUGUCUCAAAAUUUACUUGUUGCUGGCUCUUGGGAUAGUCACGUCAGGUGCUGGGAAGUGGAAAAAACUGGAAAAACUGUUGCCAAGGCCAUGCAGAGCAUGACAGGACCUAUCCUGGACGUUUGUUGGAGUGAUGAUGGGACCAAAGUAUUUAUGGCAUCUUGUGAUCAAAUGGUCAAGUGCUGGGAUUUAGCUUCCAAUCAAUCGAUCCAAGUAGCUGCUCAUGAUGCCCCAGUGAAAACUUGUCAUUGGAUUAAGGGUUCAAGUUACUCAUGUUUGAUGACUGGUUCAUGGGACAAGACUUUAAAGUUUUGGGAUCUCAGAACGCCAACUCCAAUGCUUACGUUGAAUUUACCAGAAAAAUGUUACUGUGCAGCUGUUGAGUAUCCAAUAGCUGUUGUAGGCACAGCUGAAAGAUGGUUUUUAACCUAUAAGUUGGAAGGCCAACCAACUGAACUCAGCAGGAAAGAUUCCAUUGUAAAUUUUCAGAGCAGAUGCGUUGCCAUAUAUAGGGAUAAAAAAAAGGCUCCCACUAGUUACGCUGUGGGCACCGUAGAGGGCCGUGUCGGCAUUGAAUACUUAAACAGUCCCAAAGAUACUUUUAGAUACAAAUGCCACAGAUCAUCUGAUGCAACGGGUAAAUUAGUGGAUAUUUAUGUGGUAAAUGACUUGGCGUUUCAUCCGGUUAACGGUACUUUGGCAACUGUUGGCGGUGAUGGGACAUUCGGUUUUUGGGAUAUAAAUGCUAGGACAAAAAUAAAAGUAUCAAAAACAAUGGGGAAACCUAUCACUAGUUGCUGUUUUGAUCGCAACGGGGAAUUUUUUGCUUACUCUGUCUCCUAUGAUUGGUCCAAGGGUCAUGAGCAUUAUAAUCCGAAAAUGACGAAUCAUAUCUUUCUUAGAUCUUGUUCUGAAGAUUUGAAACUGAAAUGA